AUGGCGAGCCUGGGUCGUUCAUUCAAGCCACCAGCCUAUUUCUCACGGACGAGACGGCCAGCAAUGCCUGGACGGACCUUGUCCAAUUCUUCAGACGUGUCGGUGGCCUCUGCCAGCUCUCGAUCUGACGACCACUGCGACCUGCUGAUGUCUGGACUCAACACGCCGGCGCAAGAGAAGACGGGAUUUGAUAGUCUCAAGUUGACGACGGCGCCAGAAUUAUGCUCCCCGAGAGGCAACAGUCGCCCAAUUACUAUUGAGCUGCCGCAUUCCCUUCGGAAGAUCAAUUCCGCACCUACGCACACACCGCCUGAACCGUUGUCUGCCCGCGGAGACGUUCCUGGUGGCUACUUUCCGCUACACGAAGAUCCGAAAGCCCGAAUCCAUCGUACUCACCCCUUUCAUGCCGACGGCGGUCCGCUCCGACACCACUCUGUCUGCCUGACACGCGAUUCCUCCUCACACGUCGAGCCUCACGGCACACCUUUACCCAUACUCAUGGCGCCAUCAACCCACCUGUCGCCCUCGAUGGCUCUUGAAUCCGAUCCGUCACGAUCCAACACUCCCGUCGCCUCGUAUCUACCCAGCGGCAUACACGACACUCCACUGCCAAUGGGCAAGUAUUAUCCAUCUAACUAUGAGAGCCGGGGAAGCCAGGAUCCGACGAGAAUAGGCCCAUCUGCGCCUCAUACUCGGGCAUCAUCCACGAGGUCUGGAGGCCACAUCCCGACUCGUGAGGGUUUUAGGUCCUCGAGACAAGAUUCUGAGGUCCGCCGCAAGCUUCAGCAAUACCAACGAGACAUGAUCGCGCAAGCGAGGUUGGCUGCGAGCGAAGUAUUGGGCGGCGCGGCUAGCCAGAGCACUGUAACCUCUAGUUCCACUGUGAAUUUGAAUGGGGUACCCUUGACAAGCCUGCACCACAUCGGAACGUCCGGCUCCCACAAACCAAUUUCUCCAAGACUCUUGCCCCUUGGAAGUCCUGGCCCCGUCACGCCCAUGAACCUCGAAGGCGAGGAUGUUGGUUAUCUGGAUGGGGGCCGCAAUGAUGAAAUUGCCCGUGUUUUGCGGGCAGAAGAGGAGCGUAUUCGUAGGGAAGGGGCGACAUCUCCGGCAGUCGAGACAGGUCCUCAGGCUUUUUAG